CCGCCAGCCUGCCAGCCCGGAAGGAGCCGACCGAGCGCCUGCGGCAGCUGACUCAAGCGAGAUUAAGUGGAUGAUUGACCAUGGGUCCCCUGAGUCGAGAAGCCUGGGCCCAGCGCCUGGGGUCUUUCCGAGCCAGCCCAUCCGCCUUUCUAGCAGGUGCUGAAGGUGAGGAUUUGGGUCACGACCUGUUGAGUGACCUAAGGAGUGAAAAGCUAAGCGAGCUGAUCAAGGUUUCCUUACUGACACUGAGCUUGGAGUACUCUGACAAACUUUGGCCUGAUGCCCUUGCCGCGGAGGCUGCUGCCACUUCCUUGUUGGACACGCUUGUCCUCUUGCCCUCAAAACCUUCAGCUCUCCGGAGGCUCCUGUUGUUAGCAGCCACUACAGCCCUGGUGUCAGGUGGUGCUCUCGGACCCACUUCGGAAGCUUCCAGCCGGCUCCUGCCCUUACUUCUUGGCUUAGCUUCUGGCCAAGACAUGGGACGAAGCUUUGGAACCACCUCAGAGCAGCGCCAUCUACAGGCCACAGCGUGUGAAUGCCUUGGAGAACUUGAGCGCUGUAAACCUGGGUUGCUGGCCGGCGCUCUGGGGGUGCUGCGGAGCCUCCUAGGGCAAAAGGGUCCCAUCCAGCCUGUCAGCCUGCUUCUCGCCCUUGUUCUGCAUAACACCUUGGUGGUACAGUCCAGGUUUGGGGCUGGCCUGCAAGGCCUGCUUGUGGCUAAGGACUCCUCCCCUGGGAGUUGUCCCUGGGACUGGACACUGGCUGAAGAAUGGGAUGACCAUCUUAAGCCCCAGGCGCACGGCUGGCCCACAGCUGGGGAGGAGGAACGUGACUUUCCAAUUCUGGAUCCCAACCCUGAGGACACUCGAGAGCUGAAGGCUGCGGUGGCCCAGCUUCUGGACACUUCCUAUCUGCUCACUCCCGUGGCUCAGGCCCAACUUGUGUGGCUGUUGGGCUGGGCCCUUCAGGGUCUUCGGGGACAGCCACCAGUGCUUUUCAAGCCACAGCUAGUUCGGCUGCUGGGCACAGCACAGCUUACACUGUUACACUCAGUUCUAUCUCUCAAGGCAGCCUUCGGUGAGGCCCUGUUCACUGCUCAGGAUGAAGCGCUCCUGCUCCGUAGGCUUACCCUGGUGGCCCAGCACCCAGCCUUACCCUCGCCCACACACCUCUUUUACCUGCACUGCAUCCUGAGCUUCCCUGAGAAUUGUCCAUUAGGUCCAGAAGGGGAAGAGGCUGCCCCACUGCUGUUGGGGCCCCAGUUACGCCGGGGCCUCAUGCCCAGUCUCCUUCAUGACCCAAUGGUCCUCCUGGCCCGCCUGCAUUUGCUAUGCCUGCUUUGUGCUGAUGAUGAGGAAGAGGAGAAAGGCCAGCUUCAGGGCCCACAGUGGUUCCUGCAGGAGCUGCUGGCCGGUCUUCAGCAGAGGGCAGCCGUGGAUGGCGGUCCCCGAGCCUUGGCCACUCUCUGUUUCCAGGCCUCAUACCUCGUUACCAGCUGCCUGACCAGACAGCCCACAGUCCAGACAUCUCUGGUCCAUGGGCUGGCCCAACUGUACCGAGCCCGACCUUCCCUGGCUCCCCACUUUGUGGACCUCUUAGAUGAGGUAAGCCCUGAGCUGAGAGAGCCCCUCAGGAAGGUGCUGCUACGAGAGGUGGUAGCCAGGCCAGGCAAGAACGAAGCACUUCGCUGGCACCUGCAGAUGCUGGCAAAGGUGGCAGAGGGAGCCACUCAGAGUGCCAUCCUUGGCUUUCUACAGGCUGCAGCCAUACACUGCACCGACUGGGGCCUACACCAGGCCCUACUGCGGGUGUGCCGUGCUCUGCUCCGGACGGGUGGGGGAGAGGGGCUGGCAGACCUGUUGCAGGAACUGGCCAGACAGCUGGAGAACGCUGAUGGGCGGGACCAUGCCCGACUGUACUAUGUCCUCUUGUCCCAUCUGUCAAGUUCUAAGUUGGGGAUGGCACUGGGCCCCUCACUGGCUGCCCCUGCGCUGGCCUCGUCACUGAUGGCUGAGAACCAGGGCUUCGCAUCAGCACUGAUGGUGCAGGAGACCUCAGCUCCAAUUCAGUUGAGUGUGGGGCCUCAGAAGGCCAAAGGCCCACUCCCGGUGCUGCAUCUGCAGGUGCAGGCACUGGAUACUCCUGUGUACUCUCUGGAGCUGCGCUUUCGUGUAGAAGGACAACUGUACGAGCCUGUGGAGGCUGUCCACAUACCCUCUGUGCGUCCAGGACAACCUGCCCAUCCUCUGCACCUGCCUUUGCAGCCCCGUAGCCCAGCCCCCGCCCGCCUGCAUGUCCGGGCCCUUUACACCACACCGGCCGGCCUCACGUGCCAUGCCCACCUACCACCCCUGUCUGUGAACUUUGCUGACCUCUUCCUGCCUUUCCCCCAGCUCCCCAAGGGCUCUGAGUUGUGUUUCUUUGAUGAGCUCUGGAACUCCUGCCUGCCAAAGGGUGUAGAAAGUCGUGUGUGGUGUCCACUUGGGCCACAGGGCCUGGAGGCCUUGGUGUCCCAACACCUAGAGCCCUUUGUCGUGGUGGCGCAGCCCCCUACCACCUACCUCAUAGCUGUCCGCUUGCCUCCUCACUCCAUGCUGCUGCUGCGCCUGGAGAAAGCUCAGGUGCACGGUGUGCCUGUGGCCCUCAGGACUGAUGACUGGGCUGUGCUGCCCCUGGUGGGGGACUACCUCCGAGGGCUUGCAGCCCACUGAGCAAUGCCAGGUGAGACUGUACUUGUGGCUGGUGUGAGAGCCUGCCAAAGGAGCACGUUCUUGUAGCUGCUGCCCCAUAAACGCCCAUUCACUGACAACUCCUGCUGGCUUGUUUUCUUUUGGACCCCUGUUAGGAGCAAGCUACAGACUUCCAUAAUUCUUGCCCAGAUAGUCCGAACAUGUUUCUCACUGGGUCUGACCUGGCCCAAGAGCCCUGUGCAACUUCUCAUGAAGGUUGGAGCUUGAGGUUGGGCCUCCCAACUCUGCUCCAGCUGAGCUCACACGGUGAGCGAGCAGCCUGGAGCAGGGGUGACUACAUAGCCCCUUCCUGGGUAGAGCUGGUUGGACCUAACUGUACAGGGUGUGCCAGAAAGGUUCAGUUCUGAGCAAAUGGAGGGCCCACAUGAUCUGGUUCAAAACAACCCCCCAAACUUAGCUUUUAAUGGCAGCUCUUAGGAGAUCCAGUCUGCUUAGGAAUCUCCUCAGAUUCCUGUUCUCAGGCAGGUGUUGGUGGUACACCUUCCUCCCAAUACUUGGAAGGCAGAGGCAGGUGGAUUGAUUGCUGCGUUUGAUGCCAGCCUGGCCUACAGAGUGAGUUCUAAGACAGCCAGAGCUACACAGAGAAACCCUGUCUCAAAAACAAAGAACUUGGGGCUGGAGAGAUGGCUCAGCGGUUAAGAGCACUGACUGCUCUUCCAGAGGUCCUGAGUUCAAUUCCCAGCAACCACAUGGUGGCUCACAACCAUCUAUAAAGAGAUCCGAUGCCCUCUUCUGGUGUAUCUGAAGACAGCUACAGUGUACUCAUAUGUAAUAAAUGAAUAAAUUUAAAAAAAAAAAAAA